CCCGAUGGAAGGCGACAGUGCCGGCCCGGGCGAAGGGCAAGACGGUGGCCGAAAGGGCACGGGGAGGCGGACGGUGGCCGACGAGGUCGGCAUGGAGCACCUGGAGCGCUGCGCGUGGUUCCUUCGGGGGACGCUGGUGCGGGCGGCUGUGCGGCGCUACCUGCCCUGGGCGCUGGUGGCCUCCAUGCUGGCAGGCUCCCUCGUCAAGGAGCUUUCUCCGCUGCCCGAGAGCUACCUCAGCAACAAGCGCAACGUCCUCAACGUGUAUUUUGUCAAAAUGGCAUGGGCCUGGACAUUCUCUCUCCUCCUGCCUUUCAUUGCCCUCACCAACUACCACCUGACAGGCAAGAUUGGCCUGGUCCUGCGGCGGCUGAGCACCCUGCUUGUGGGCACGACCAUCUGGUACAUCUGCACAGCCAUCUUCUCCAACAUCGAACACUACACAGGCAGCUGCUACCAGUCACCUGCCCUGGAGGGGAUCAGAGAGGAGCACUUGAAUAAGCAGCAGUGCCACAGGGAAGGAGGCUUUUGGCACGGCUUUGACAUCUCAGGCCACUCCUUCCUGCUGACCUUCUGUGCACUCAUGAUUGUGGAGGAGAUGGCCGUGCUGCACGAGGUGAAGAUGGACCGAAACCACUGCCUCCACACCACCAUCACCACCCUGGUUGUCGCCCUGGGCUUCCUGACUUUCAUUUGGGUGUUGAUGUUUUUGUGCACAGCCGUUUAUUUCCAUGAUUUGUCCCAGAAAGUGUUUGGCACCUUGUUUGGUUUGCUGGGCUGGUAUGGAACAUAUGGGUUUUGGUAUCUGAAAUCCUUUUCCCCAGGACUUCCUCCCCAGAGCUUUAGUUUGAAUUUGAAACAAGACAGUUACAAGAAAUAAACGGGAAAUAGAAGGUGGGGAUAGCAGGACAAUGACUAAUAUAUUUUUCAUUUAUUUUUCUUAGUUAUUUAGCUAAAUAUUGAUCCUACUUCAGAGGGGAAGCUUACCAGGCAAUUUUGGUGGGUGGUGGUAGAGUCUGGGGAGUGAGUUUAGUCCUCAGACUAUUCUUGGUGAUGUCACCUAUGUCACAAGCACCACCAUUCCCAGUCAGGCAAUUUUUGUCCCUGGCAAGACUUCACCUUAAUCUGGAACACCCCUUUUGUCCCUAAGUGGGGAGAGCUAUGGCUCAGUGAAAGGACAGAAUCAGGAAGGCCUCUUGUGUGGCUGAAGGGGAGGCCAGAGCCUCAGGACUCCUCUGCUGACUUCUCCCUGGUUCUAGUUGUCUUUCGAUUUUAAUGACUGUUAAUACUGUUAUUUAACAGUAUUUCCCUUCCGUCAAUUUUGCAUAAGCAUUUAUUUCCGGCAGGGUUCUUUAUAAACACCCAAUGCCUGAAAGACAUUGUGGUUGUAGUAUUUGUUAACUGGCUUGUGAUUAGCCACCAAAACAGGCCUGUUAAAUUGCAGUGCCUCUGCGACUGAGUAUUGGAUGAUUCUUAUGUAAUGAACAAUGAUAAUUUUCUGUCUGUAUUGUCUAUUAUAUGUUGAAUUUUGGAGCAAUAUGGUUACCUUUUUCCUCUUCUAUUUUGAGUGAAUGCCUUAUAGUUUUUAAUAACAACUAUAGCAUUUGUUCUUUGUUGACAAAACGCCUGAAAACAGCCCACAACUUCAGUGCUGCACUUUGGCACAUGUAGAUUGUUUUGAGGGGUUUUUUUAGAACACUAAUUUACCUUUUAUAAACCAAACUCUUGGCUUAUGGUAUUAAAUUCCACUUCAUGGGGCUGUUUUCUCUGUUAAGAGUAAAACUGGAAAGCAGGCCUUUUAAUAAUAAUUCGAUGAAUUAUAAGCUGAGUCAGAGUAAUUUUGCAAAAUGCAUAUUUGCACUGAAACUUGCCAGACCACACAUCAGUGAUAUAGACUAAACAGUGCUUCAGGGUCAUGUGAUGAGUACAUCGAUCACUCUGCUGUGGCCCAGAGCACUUUUACCUCGCGGACAAGAUUAUGAUAAUUCAGAAGUGAAGUAAAAUAUCUCCCUCUGAUGGCAAGAAGCCAGCCUGUUUGCAAAAACACCCUUAUUAAAUGGUGGCAUGAC